AUGAUAUAUUUAUCAUCAGACUCAAUUUGUAAGGCAGAUUUCAAUAUUCAAGAUCAAGAUCUUCUUUACCCUACUGAGUUUUUGAAUGCACUCAAAUUUUCGGGUUUGCCAUCACAUAUUUUAAGGCUUAAAAAUGGAGAAGUAGUUAUGUUAAUGAGAAAUUUGAAUCAAGGAGUUGGGCUAUGUAAUGGUACAAGAAUGAAAAUUACACAACUUGGAAAAUGGUUUGUGGAAGGAGAGGUGUUGAGUGGAUCUAUCAUUGGAGAUAAAGUUCUCAUUCCAAGAAUAUCUUUGUCGCCUUCAGAAUCCAAUUGGCCUUUUAUUCUUAAUCGAAGACAGUAUCCUAUAUCAUUAUGUUUUGCCAUGACAAUAAAUAAAAGUCAAGGACAAUCGUUGCAGCACGUUGGAUUAUAUUUGCCUAAACAAGUAUUUACUCAUGGACAAUUGUAUGUCGCCAUCUCGAGAGUAACCAAUCGAAAUGGAUUACAUAUUCUUAGUAACGACGAUGAGAAGCCCAAUGAAAACAAGGUCUUAAAUAUUGUGUACAAAGAGAUUCUUUAG